GUCGCGCAGCGAGUCGAAGAAGCGCUCGAACUCACGCGGACGCACUGGCCUUGGCCAGAUGUGGCAGCGCGUGCGGUCGAAGUCGCGGGCACCAAGGGAGCACGAGGGUAUCGCGCUGGACACGCAGCUGCAGGACAUGACGAUCUCGGAGGCGAACACCUCGCGCGAAAGCAUGCAAGCGCCGCAAAGUUCACAGGCGGGCGCGAGCGGGGACCCGCCUCAGGGCGGGCAAGAAUGACUCGCGGCGCGGCGGGGGCUGCAAGGGCAAGCCCCGCGCACGCGGCGCGCGGGGUCUUCGCUCAGCGGGUCGCUCUCUACCCGCCGGCCCCCGCCGUCCAUCCCAAUUCCGCCGACUCCUACGUUCUCCCUUCCUCCACUCCCCACUUCCCCCACCUCCUCGCGCACCCCUGCGACGUCCAUCAUGAGCAUGAGCAUGGGCAGCACCACGACGUUGUCAUCGAUGUUCGACGCGGCGAGCAUCGGCGGUAGCAGCUACGCGCCCACGGCUGCGACGUCAUUUGCCCCCGAGUUCGCGAGCCCUCGGUCAUCAGUAUACUCGCUCGCGUCCGCAUCUGCGUGUAGCUCGUCAUAUGGGUUUCCUUCUCCACCGUCCAUGUAUAUGUCCCCUUUGUCAUCCAGCAGCAGCGGCCUGUCGUCUCCCGAAUCGCCGAUCUCACCAACGUCGCCACCAGCCAACGCGCCCCCGUGGCCGAUCGCGUUUCCUCCGGAUGAAGAUGAUCUUGCAGAGCAGCUCGCGUCGUCAAACAUCCACUCGGGUACAAGCACACCGCGCGCGCGGACGUCGACGCUGCCGACGCUGUACGAGGAUAAGGAACGGCUACAUCCCUAUGCGGGCGUACACCGCGCGGGCGCGCCCGCUGUUCGGCGUAAAGCGCUUGGCGAAAAGAGGUACGGCGGAUCUGGACUGGCCGCGCAUAAUGGAAAUGUGCCGAAUGUAGUGUGAAGCAGGGGAAGAAGGAAUGUAUUUGGCGGCAAAAGCGCCCAAAAUGAAAGAUAAGAAAUAGAUCCUCGCUC